AUGAAUGCUAACGUUGCGUUUUAUUUGAAGAAUACGUACAAUUUCAACAUUAAUAAAUCGAAAGUGUCGCCGACUCGUCGUUUGAAAAAUCUAUUAAAGCCAGUCUUCAAAUUUAUAUUCAAAACGAAGGCACAACGGAAUGCGAAACGCAACUCAUAUAUUGCGUCGGCGGAAAAAGAGUACGAGUUCGAAUGGCUUAGCAGUGACAUGGAUAAUAUGGCGAAUGAAAAGUUAGAAAAUCGUUUAUUAGAAGAAGUACAGUAUAGCGAACGGGGUGAUGCAAUCAUUGUUUAUGAUGGAAACGACUCCGGCCAAUUGCAAAUGGUCGAUAAACAAAAUUUCUAUGUACCUGUUCAUUUUGCACGCACCGAUACCGGCACUUUCUUCUGGACGUCGGUACAACGUGAAUGCAUUGAAGCCCAUAAAAUUGAAUGGCAUUUUUUGGAUCGCUGGGCUCAAGCAUAACAUAGAGCGGAAUUUGGCGAGGACGCGCUUAAUGCUAUCAUUUGGAUAAUAAUAUGAUUGUCAUAUUUUCAAGAUUUACGGCCCCAGUUUGGUUACGUCGACUUUGGCCUUGUCUAGAUCUACUCUA